AUGAUUUUUAGCAGGUCAGGCAACCACAAAUUGGCAAACAAGCCACCUUGCCGGGCUGCCAUCUCAAAGCGCCAAUCUGGCCUUUUCAAGAAGCUAAGUGAAUUGUGUACCUUGGUCGGCUAUGAGAUUGCUCUUGUUGUCUUUUCACCUGGCCUUUUCAAGAAGGCAAGCAAGCUGUGUACCUUGGUGGGUUGUGACAUUGCUAUUGUUGUCUUCUCAUCUAGUGAGAAACUCUUCUUGUUUGGCCAUUGUUGCAUUGACGCAUCAAAGGACAUGCUGGUCAAUGAUGGAGGAGAGUUGUUUUCAAGAUUCAAUUCAAGAACGGUUAUGGAGUUAAAGAGGGAACUACUUGGGUGGUUGAGACAUCUUCAAGACGGACUUGUGGCUGGCAUCUUGUGUGAGAUUGUAUCCAUCUUGGCGGCUCAAAUGUUGCCUGUGGGAAAGUGGCCGGAAUUGGAGGGCUUCUUGACGUGUUACAUUCAAAAAAUAGACCAUGUUGCCUUGGACUCAACACUACUCAACCUCUUGGAUGAAUUAGCCCAGCAUGUUCCCACAUCAUACCUCGAGGCCGUCCCAAGAAUAUUGGGGAUGCGCACCUCGAGAAGCUGA